AUGGCCUUCCCAAAAGUCUACACGGUCAACGGGCCGUCGUCGACUAGCGCGGCGGCUCUACCGUCUUGGGUGACUGUCAAGGCGCGACCGAAGCGAGACGCCCACGGACACAAGAAGCGGGUCAAGACGCAGCACACGCUCGGCCAGCUCGAGCUGAUCCAGGACUUCAACUUUCCCGCUGCGGGGAUCAAGAUCCGCACGACGAGGGACGGGUUGCAUGCCAUCGCUACUGGGACAUACAAGCCCAUGAUCAAGGUGUGGGACCUUGAACAGCUUACUGAGAAGUUUGAGCGUGUGACGGAUGCGGAGAAUGUCGACUUUGUUAUGCUCUCGGACGACUGGACCAAGUCGCUCCACCUGCAGCGCGAUCGCUCGUUGCAGCUCCACACCCAGGGCGGGCUGCACCAUACCAUCCGCCUGCCCAUCUACGGACGCGCUCUGGGAUAUCACUCGCCCAGCGCUGACGCGCUCGUAGCAUGUACCGGUACGGAGGUGUUUCGCUUCAACCUCGAGGAGGGGCGGUAUAUGACCCCCUUGAAUGUUGGGCAGUGGGCGGGCGCCGACGUCGACGGCGUCAACUGCCUCGACGUGAAUCCUCGACACGGACUGUGGUCGUUUGGUUUGGAUGGGGGCGGCACCGUCGAGUUCUGGGACCCGCGCGCACGCAGUGCACUCACACGCCUCACCCUCCCCGCUACCAGUCUUCUCCCCGCCCAAGACUAUACUGUUGACGGGCUGUUUGCGCGUAAUCAGAAACUGUCCAUCUCGAGCCUGAAGAGUCACCCGACGGACGGCCUGUCGCUCGCUGUUGGAACGAGCUCAGGCCACACUCUUCUGUACGACCUGCGUUCGUCUACACCAUUCGCGGUCAAGGACCAGGGAUACGGUGAGCCGGUGCGGGUUGUCGACUGGCUUCGUGGUGGUGGGACGCAAGAGGAUUCUGGGCGGGUAGUGAGCGCCGAUUCAAAGGUCAUCAAGGUGUGGGACAAGAACUCGCCCGAUACCAACCACCUCUCGCUCCACCCCCCAAAUCCACUUACGGACCUCCACGCCGUCCCGGAGAGUGGACUGUUAUUUGUUGCAUGCGACGCCUCGCCUCUUUCGACAUACUACAUUCCCGAAUUUGGGCCUGCGCCCCGCUGGGCCUCGUUCCUCGACAAUGUCACCGAGGAGAUGGCACAGGACGCCAGCGGCGCUGGAAAGGGCGCUUAUACCGACUACAAAUUCGUCGACAGGGCCGAGCUCGAGACUCUGGGCCUCACCCAUCUGGUCGGCACGCCAGCACUCAAGCCAUACAUGCACGGCUAUUUCCUCGCCCUCAAGCUCUACCAGACUGCCCGCGUUAUUGCCAACCCCCAAAGUUACGAGGCGCAUCGCGAAAAGGCCAUUUCCGCCAAGUUGGCCGAGAAGAGCGCGAGUCGUAUUCGUGCCCGCCGCAACGAACCAAAGAUCAACAAGGAGCUUGCGGAGCGGAUGCGCAAGGAGGCCGAGAGGGAGGAGGCAUCGAAUGCUCGCAAACGGGCUCGUCGCGCCGAGGACGGGGAAGAGGAGGACGAGGACGAGGAGGGCAAACCUGCCGCCAAGGACUUGCUUGCCGACCCACGUUUCGCGGAUCUGUUCACCAACCCCGAUUUCCAGAUCGACGAGGGAUCGCAGACGUUUGCGCGCCUCAAUCCCGCCACGGCGCGCGAUGCCAGUGCGCGAUACCGUACAGCGGUGGAAAGCGAGGACGAGGAGAGCGACCACGCGUCAUCUGGUAUUGGGAGUGGGAGCGAGAGCGAGAGCGAGCAGGAGGAGGACGAGGAGUCCGAGGAGGAGGCUUCGGACGAGGAAGAAGAAGGGGAGGAGAGUGGGGAUGGGGAGGGAGAAGAAGAGGACGAGGAUUCAGAGGACGAGGUGCAGCAGGCCGCUGCAGCGGCCAAGUCUGCGGCCGGCAAGCCGUCACGCGCGUUCCCGCUCGCCUCUGGCGCUCGCCCGUCGUUGGUGGUCGGCGGCCAAUCCACCCGUCCCCAGACGUUCGGGCAGCGUUUGGCAGCGUCGAAACCCAAGGCAGAAGAUGAGAAGCCUGAGGGUGUUAUUGCCAUGCGUCGGGCUGCGGAUGGUGGGAUGGAGAUGAGUUUCGUCCCCAAGGCCGAAGCUAAGGGCGACGGCAGCGACGACGAGUAUGGUGGCGGCACGUUCCGCCGGCGGUCCAAGGUUGAGCACGUUGGGGCUGGGCUUGAGAUUGGUGUCGAGGAGGAACAGAGUGGGGAACAGGGACGUAAGACUCGUCGGCAUCCGGGACGGAGCGCUAGUAAGAAUACGUUCCGGAAGAGGUAG